GUGGGGGAGAGGGGGAGUGGCUCGGGGAACAGUGCCAGUGCCUUCCUCCUGAACCAGCCACGCACACCGUACAGUGGCGCCCAACACGGCAGGAUGAAAGACGAGGGACAGCAGGCGAUGCCGGCCCAACCAGCGCUCGCACUGAGCCAAAUGAUCGGGGAGCUGGCAGCGAUCCAGCGGGACCAAGCGGAGGCCAACCGACAGUUCCUGGGGGCGCUCCAGGCCCAGGUGGGGAGGCAGGCCCAGGCGCUGGAGCUAUUGGUGGCACGGUCGGGACCCGCGCAACCACCACCGGGCCCGACAGCGAUGGCGAGCCUGACCCUCCACCGCGUGACGGCGGAGGACGGCGCUCAGGCGUUCAUAGAGGCCUUCGAGGCAACGGCGGAGGCGUGCGGAUGGCCGGCGGGGGAGUGGGCAGUGAGGCUGCUCCCGCUGCUAACCGGGGAGGCGCAGACAGCCGCCAUGGGGCUACCGCCGGCGGCCCGGCGGGACUACGCGGCGGUGCGGAAGGCCGUAGUCGACCGGCUGGGGCUACUACCGGAGGACCACCGCCGGCGAUUCCGGGGGGCCAGGCUGGGGCCGGAAGACAGGCCGUUCGCCUACGGGCAGAGGCUCCGGGACGCUGCCGCCAGGUGGCUCCGGCCGAAUGGGGUGGAAACCACGGCGGAGGUCCUGGAUACGGUGGUGUUGGAACAGCGCCACGGGGAGGGAGCCCGCAGCGGACCAGCCUGGUUCGGCCUGGGGCAUUGGUUGAAGCGUCGCGGGUGA